AUGGCUGGACUGGGCCAGUCCGGGCCCAAUCCCCACGGCCUGAGUUUCCCCCAGCCGAACUACCGACGCAACACCUUUGCUCCCGCCCACGCAAACCAGCCAAACAAACAGUCUCCCGCGCCUCAAGCGGCCUCGCCCUACCAGUCGCAGGCCUAUCCGCCGCAGCAGCAGCCUCAGGGCUUUCACCUCUUCAACACGCCGGCGUCGGUCAACCCAAGUGUCGCCAAUGCCUCGUCGCGCGCUCCCAACAUCCACGUCCCCAAUGCCUUGCCGCGACAGCAGCGCGCCGCUCCGCCGCGCCAGCAGAUGCAGUCCCAGCCGAACCCGCCGCCUAUGCUCUUCCCGGCGACGAUGAGCCAGCCGGUGCCACACGACUCGCUCCUCUCGCACCAGCACCAUCAGCAACACCACCCGCAGCACCCGCAGCAACAUCCGUCUCAGCAGGCAUUGGGCCACGCGCAGCAGCAACACCAUCAGCAACAGCAGCAGCAGGUUCAGCAGCAGCAGGCCGUACAACAGCAACAGGCCCAGCAGGUCCAGCAUCACCCGCAGCAGCAGCAGCAACACCCACAGCAUCACCAGCAGCCGCAUCAUCCUGCGUAUGCCCAGCACCCGCAAGCUCACCCGGCAGCUCAUGCUUCCCACCAGACACAUCAGACGCACCAGGCGCACCAGGUACCUCAGCAGAUUCAGCAACAGGCACAGCAUCAGCAUCAACAGGAACAGCUUCAUCAUGUACAUCAGUCCCGCUCUCAACAGCAGCAGCAGCAGCAACAGCAGCAACAAGCUCAACAGCAACAGCAGCAGGCCCAACAGCAGCAGCAACAACAGGUACAGAAGCAGCAGCAGCCUUCGCGGCAGCAAUUGCAAGUUCCCCAACCCCAGGCUCCGCAGCCGGUUCCGCAGCAAGUGCCACAGCCGGUUCCGCAGCCGGUCCAGCACCAGGUUCAACAAGUGCAACACCAGCAGCAACAGCAUCAGGCUCAGCAGCAAGUACAGCAGCAGCAGCAACAGCACCAACAGCAUCAGCAUCAGCAACAGCAGCAUCAACAGCAGCACCAGCAGUUACAAGCUGCGGCUCAGCAACCUGAACCUAUUUCCCAGCAACAGCAGGACAACCAUGCAGGAGAGGACCUGGACAUGGACGGCCAACAGGACGGUGACGAGGACAACAGCACUCUGGCGCCGUCCAAGCUGAUGAACGAUCAAUUGGCAGUUACUCAGCCAUUGGGAGAGAUGAUGUCACCACCUCCCGAAGGCGGCAGUUAUCCCACGCUCGAGGCCGUUCAGAAGGCAGUCUUGCGCUACUGCACCUCGGUAGGCUAUGCUAUUGUCAUAGGACGAUCCAAGAAGACGGUGCCGGGCCUGAAGAAGGUCUUGUUCGUCUGCGACCGGGCCGGCAAGCCACCAAGCCGAGUCAGCCCCGAGUUCAGAAAACGCAAGACAUCUUCGAGGAAAUGCGACUGUCCUUUUGGCUUCUUUGCCAUUGAGCAGCGAACCCAAUGGACUAUCCGCUACCGGCCUGACCCUUCGCAUUUGCAACACAACCACGGACCGAGUGAGAGUCCGUCAAACCACCCUGCAGCCAGAAAGCUUGACAGCAAGAUGGUUGCCGCUGUCAAGCAGCUCAAAGAGAAUGGUGCAGGCGUAUCUGAGACACUGCAGAUUCUUCAAACUGACAAUCCUGAUUGUCACUUAUUGCCGAGGGAUAUUUAUAACGCGCGAGCGGCUAUUAAUCGUAAUCCGCAGAAAGUAGCAACGGGCCUGGCGGAGAACAGGCCGGCCAUCUAUACCAAGCCAUUGCAGUCGCCCGAAGAUCGCAUACGAGCCGAGCUAAGGCGCGAGCUGGCCAAGGCUCGCGAGGACUUGAAAAAGGUUGAAGAGGAGAAGCAAAAGGAGAUUGACGACCUCAAGGCCAAGAUGGCGGAAAAGGACAAGCUGAUAGAAAAGUUUGAAAUGUUUAUUGACAUUUGUAACGGCAGAGUCAUUCUCCAGAGAGAAAGGCUAGCUGGUCCUGAAGGCGGCGCGGCAGGCGGUGGUAAUCCCAGUGGUUAG